CUCGUUCCCCGGGAAGCUGGCCCGAUGUAUAAAAUGGAAUACUCCUACCUGAAUUCGUCCGCCUACGAGUCGUGCAUGGCCGGCAUGGACACCGGCAGCCUGGCCUCGGCCUACGCCGACUUCAGUUCGUGCAGCCAGGCCAGCGGCUUCCAGUACAACCCCAUCAGGACCACCUUCGGGACCGCGGCCGGCUGCCCGUCCCUCACGCCGGGAUCCUGCAGCCUGGGCGCGCUGCGAGACCACCAGAGCGGCCCGUACGCGGCAGUUCCGUACAAGCUGUUCACGGACCACGGCGGGCUGAACGAGAAGCGCAAGCAAAGGCGCAUCAGGACGACUUUCACCAGCGCGCAGCUCAAAGAACUGGAAAGAGUUUUUGCAGAGACGCAUUACCCGGACAUUUAUACGCGGGAAGAAUUGGCGCUAAAGAUCGACCUGACCGAAGCCAGGGUGCAGGUGUGGUUCCAGAACCGGCGCGCCAAGUUCCGCAAGCAGGAGCGAGCCGCCGCCGCCGCCGCGGCCGCCGCCAAGUCGAGCAUCGGCAAGAAAUCGGAGGCCCGAGACGACGACAGCAAAGACGUCAAAUCUGCAGACCCGGACAGCACCGGCGGACCGGGCCCGAACCCCGUCCCGACGUCCACCUGCGGGGGUCCCGCGCCCACCGGGGUGGGGGUGCAGGUGAACAGCAGCGGGGGCGGACAGGUGGACCAGGGGAAGAGCUCCGUGUCUCCCGGCAUGGUGGUGACGGCAGCGGGCCAAGGCUGGGCCAGCAACCCGGGGAGCAUCACCUCCAUCCCGGACUCCCUGGGCGGGCCCUUCGCCAGCGUCCUGUCGUCCUUGCAAAGACAGAACGGAGGCAAAACGUCUUUAGUCAAAAUGUUCUGAUUGACAGCCCGGACAAUGAAUGAUAUCGAUCACGUCAUCCAUGUUUUCCCCCCACAACACGUGACGUCAUCACCUGGACUCGCUGGUUGUGUUUGUGUGCAGCCGCCAAUGUCCAGUGAAGAUUAGUAGGCCGACAUUUUUCUAUAUUCUCAUUUGACUUGAUGGCAGCAAAGAGGAAUGUGUUUAUUUGCAUGUUGUUCAUGUUGUGAGGUUAUUUAUGUGUCGCUCCGUGUUCAACAAGCACCUGCUUG